AUGAAAUACUGGGAUGGAAAUAAGAGAACAAAUCGAUUACGAAAAACCAUGUCCAGUGUUGAAUCAGUCGAGCAGCUACACUUAUCAGAAGAUUAUACUAUUAGCGAUAACUUAUUUCCUAUGAGAAAAAGCGGACCUAAAAGAAAAAUCUCACUGGAACAGGAAUUUCUUUUAGUUAUGAUGAGAUUACGUUUGGGUCUUUUAAUUGAAGAUUUAGCUUUUCGCUUUUGUAUAUCAGCUGGAACAGUUUCCCAAAUUAUUAUUACAUGGGUAAUAUUGUUAUCUAAAGAGUUGGACAACCUAAUCUUGUGGCCUAGCCGGAAUACAAUUCGAGCAACUAUGCCAAACUGUUUUAAGCGAUUAUAUCCAAAAGUGAGAACAAUUAUAGAUUGUUCUGAAAUAUUUUUUGAAACAUCAAGUGCUCUUGAUGUUCAAGCUUGUAUGUGGAGUGACUAUAAACAUCAUGCAACAGUUAAUUUUUUAAUAGCAAUAACUCCGAAUGGAGCCAUUUCAUGGCUGUCUCCCCUUUAUGGUGGACGUGCCUCUGACAUUUUUAUUGUCAGAAAUAGUGGUUUUCUUGAUAUACUUGAGCCCUAUGACCAAGUUAUGGCAGAUCGUGGCUUUAAAAUAAGGACAGGCCUUGCAUAUAAACAGUGUACUCUUUGUAUACCUCCAAGUGCUGUUAAAGGAAUUCAAAUGUCAAAAGAAGAAGUUUGA